UUUCAGAAAUAUGUCCACAUUCAAUCAGACGUCUUCCUACAAUAGAACUUACGAAAAGAAAAUCAUCGAAGAAACACCUCGAAUUCGAAUCUCAAAUCUUCAACAAACAUCUCCAUUUGGCUCUACACAUCACAUCAUUCCCCCGUCGUUCCCGUCGUUCCCGACCUCGGCAUCUUUUGGAGGAAAUGUCUCAUCGAUUCAUGUCACCGACGAUACACUCAGUGCCACAAUGGAUGUUUCUCAGUAUAAAGCAGAAGACUUGAAGUUAAGCAGGCAAUUUUCAAAAAUCUUUCUGACCCUCCAAAUAACCAAUCACGUGGAUUUUGGAACAGUUCCGGAAUGGAUUUAUUUCUCGGGGGUCUCAGUCGUUGGCAACAAAAUCGUCGUCGAAGGCAAACAUCCCGAGAUAGCGGAUGAGUUCGGCACUAUUGAACGACACUUUAUCAGGAAAUUUAACCUGCCGCGGGGAGUGGAGCCAGAAGGAGUUUCCAGCAAUCUUACAAAUGAUGGAAUUCUGACCAUCCAAGCGCUUCCUUUGAGGCCGAAGGAUGGUUCACCAGCCCGGGCGAUUCCCAUCAAGAUUAUAAGCGGUAAAACGGAUGGAACAGCCUCUCCAGCACAAGAUGGCAAAGCCGAAGAAAAGAAAUAAUCUUUAUAUUUUGUAUUUAUUGUCGAUCUUGUAUAAGCUGAGAUCAACGCCCAUGCUCCAUGUCCCAGAGAUGCUUAGUCUGCGUGUUUGUAACAGAUGUGUUGUGUUCCGAGCGUUUUCUAGUCUUGCGUUGU